UCAACUUUCAGUGGGAGUUGGCAAUCAAAGAGAAUAAUACUCCACACAUAAUCUCACACUUGAUCAAAUCAACCAAUAAAUAUCAUGUUCUUCGGUUACUGUGUUCACUCGUUGUUCGAUUUGAUUUACAGGAGAUCCGUUUUGGUUCUUUGACGUUCUGUUUCUUGAUCUUUAGAUGCAAAUUUUCAGAUCAGUUUCCAGUUGCAUCUGCAAAAUUUUCGAAUUCAUGGGAGCAGAGGGUGUCUUGGAUGUUGUACUAAGCCCCCACUUGUGACUACUGAUAAUAAGCCCACAGGUGGUCUUGGAAAAAGUGCAGAUACGAGUAAACCUAGUAUAUUAGAGGAUUUUUGGAGUAGUAGCACGUAUGAGAUGGAUAAUAGUGCACCUCAGUCUCAGAUAAGCGCAUCAUCAACUAGCAACCUGGCAGCUGAUGCCCAAUGUAGUUCUGGUAGCAAUCCUUCAGAAUUUGUAAAUCGCGGUCUUCUUCUUUGGAACCAGUCAAGGCAACAAUGGAUUGGAGAGAAGGCACCUCAUCACCAUAAAAAAGCUCAAGAAUCUGUUAUAAGUUGGAAUGCAACUUACGAUAAUUUGCUUGGGACGAACAAGCCUUUUACGCGGCCCAUCCCUUUACCUGAAAUGGUAAAUUUUCUUGUUGAUGUCUGGGAACAAGAGGGGCUGUAUGACUGACAUUGGAUUGUAAUGGGUGUAGAGUUGUUUGUGUGGCAUAUCUUUUAUUAUGUUGAUAUGAUCUUCAAGUGUUAUGUAUGUUUGGAUUGGAUCGAAAUGGAAGGAGAGUUUGAAGAAGGCUGCACCAAACCUACCAACUGGAAUCUGUCUCCAGUUCUGGUGAAAUUCUUGUCUAUAAUUCUAUUAUUAAAGAAUGUUUCUUGAUCUUGAUGCAUGAUUUGGGGUUCUUUAAAACCAAUGCAAAACAACAAAUUUUGUUGUAUGAAUCAAAUCCAGUUUUAUUUUGGUUC